GUGGGAUCGAUUUGUGGACGCACCGCUGUCGCUCGCUACCUACACGUCAUUCAUUUCCUCAGUGAUUGAGUUUGUACUCUGUGUGCACAUUAAGAGCAGAAAUCAUGUCUAACUCUGUAUUUUCGGUCAUAUCGCGGUUUGUGGAGGAGUACAGAAGCAGCACGCCGAACAAACUGAAGGUGGUCGACGCGUAUCUGCUGUACAUUCUGCUCACUGGAGUCUUUCAGUUCGUCUACUGUGUGCUGGUGGGAACAUUUCCCUUCAACAGCUUCUUGUCUGGAUUCAUCGCAUGUGUGGGAUCCUUCAUCCUGGCCGUUUGUCUUCGCAUCCAGAUCAAUCCUCAGAAUAAAGGAGAUUUCCUGACCGUGUCUCCUGAGAGAGCAUUCGCUGACUUUCUCUUUGCUCACACUGUUCUUCAUCUCGUGGUUGUCAAUUUUGUUGGCUGAAUGACACCGUCUGUCCAGUUCCGUUUAUUGCAGAUAUGAAGACCAAAUUUAGAGGCCUGUAGCUCAUGUGCAGAACAACAACAUCAACAUCACUGUCUCGAUAUGUUAAUAUAUGUUUUGACAGAAUUGUCAUUUGUAAUGAAUUCUUGUCCACAUUUACUUUACAAAUGUUUUCUACUUUUCUAAAACUGUUUCUAAAAGUUGCUGAAACAGAAUAAAUGCCUUAAAAAAAAAAAGUUUCAUUUGAUUUCUCUA